GACGUCCAGCGUCAGUUUUGACGUUUACGUCUUUGCACUUGACGUUAAAUUAAAAAAUUGAUUUGGUUUGUUUGUGAAGGUACAAUCGAGCAAAAAAUGAAAUUUACUGAGCAUUUAUCUGCUCAUAUAACACCCGAAUGGAGAAAACAAUACAUUAACUAUGAGGAAAUGAAAGCGCUAUUAUAUGCUGCUGUAGAACAAGCCCCUUCCGCAGAAGAAGUUGAACCGGAAAUCCUUUCAAGAUAUUUUGCGAAAUUUGAUGAGCAGUUUUUUCAUUAUUGUGAUAAGGAGCUUACCAAAAUAAAUACAUUCUAUUCAGAAAAAUUUGCUGAAGCUACGAGGAAGUACGCAAAUUUGAAAAAUGAACUGAGCGAAGCUCAGGGAAAUGACGACAGUGUUAAGGGAGGAUUUUUUAGGCACGGAAAAAAUAUUUUAACAAAAAAAAAUGUACCUGCAAGAAAAAUGCAGGAACUGAAGUUAGCAUUUAGCGAAUUUUAUUUAAGUUUAAUAUUAUUACAAAACUACCAAAAUCUGAAUUUCACAGGAUUUAGGAAAAUUUUAAAAAAGCAUGAUAAGCUCCUUUCGUGUGAUGUUGGAGCUAGAUGGAGAAUAGAGCAUGUCGAAAAUUCACAUUUUUACACAAAUAAAGAUAUCGACAGAUUAAUACGAGAAACUGAAAAUACUUUCACGCAAGAUUUAGAAGCAGGUGAUAGGCAAAGAGCUAUGAAACGACUUAGAGUACCCCCCUUAGGCGAACAACAGAGUCCCUGGACAACUUUUAAAGUAGGAUUAUUUUCAGGAUCAUUUACAAUGUUAGUGGCAGCUGUUGUUUUGUCGGCCAUAUUCCACCAUGGAAGAGACGACUGGCGAAUCGUAUGUAGAUUAUAUCGGGGUCCAUUUUUAAUAAUAGAAUUUCUCUUCUUAUGGGGUGUUAAUAUUUACGGCUGGCGAUCGUCUGGGGUUAACCACGUCCUAAUCUUCGAAUUGGACCCCCGGAAUCAUUUAUCCGAACAGCACGUUAUAGAAAUGGCAGCAGCUUUUGGGGUUGUUUGGUCAAUUUCGGUAUUGCUAUUUCUCUAUAGUUCCGAGCUUAGUAUACCUCCAUACGUCAACCCUCUGAUAAUGAUUGGACUGAUGGUUCUGUUCUUAGUUAAUCCUACGAAAACGUUUAGGCACGAGGCCAGAUUUUGGAGUUUAAGGGUGUUGGGUCGCAUAUUUUUGGCGCCGCUUUUCUAUGUUACGUUUGCUGAUUUCUGGAUGGCUGACCAACUGAACAGUUUAGUAGUGGUUUUUACGGACAUUCAAUAUUUGGUUUGCUUUUAUAUGUCCAAUAAAAGUUUAUACGUUGGUUCAAACGCCAAUUAUUGCAUUGAAAAGCACAUUACAAUACGAUCGGUAAUGACCUGUUUGCCUGCUUGGUGCCGGUUUGCGCAAUGCUUGAGGAGAUUUAGGGACACUAAAGAAAUGUUUCCCCAUUUAGCAAACGCAAUCAAAUAUGCGUCGUCAUUUUUCGUGGUAAUAUUUAGUGCGUUGUAUAGCGUUCAUGCGGAUCGUAAUGUUCCAAACGAAAAUGUUUUUUUCUAUCUUUGGAUAACAGCGUCUUUGUUUAGUUCUUGUUAUGCGUACGUUUGGGAUAUAAAAAUGGACUGGGGAUUGUUCGAUCCCAAAGCAGGAGACAAUAAAUUUCUUCGGGAAGAAAUAGUUUAUUCUUCUACCUGGUUUUAUUAUUUCGCGAUUAUUGAAGAUGUCAUCUUAAGAUUCGGAUGGGUCUUAUCAAUGUCUUUGACUGAAAUUGGCUACGUACAUGCCGAUGUGAUGGUAAAUAUUUUAGCACCACUGGAGGUUUUUAGGAGGUUCGUUUGGAAUUUCUUUCGAUUGGAGAACGAGCAUUUGAAUAAUUGUGGAAAGUUCAGGGCUGUAAGAGAUAUAUCAGUGGCACCCUUGGACCAUUCCGAUCAAAUGUUAAUUAUCAGGAUGAUGGAUGAAGACGACGGGGUAGUUAAUAGGCAACGGAAACGAGGAUCAAGUAAUAGAAAGAAAGACGAGCCUCGAAUGACAUUUGAAGGAGAAUCUACUGACGACAUGGAAAAUUAAAAUGACCUUCAGUUAAAGAAUUAAAUAAGAGCCAAUAUAAAUUGAUUACUAAUAAAAUGAUAGCGAUUUAUUGGUUUAAUUGUCUCGAUUUUUUCAGUAAAUGAAGAGAGGAAGAAAGGAAAAGGUAUGAUGCAUUUUUAUUUUUUUUGUGACAAAAAUAUUCUUCAUGACUUCCUGAAAAAAUCAAUUCGGUAUGAGAGUCUGAUUCUAUUGUUAUCCAUGAUGAUAACGUUUAUCUCAAUCAAAAAUCACUUCAACAGAAUAUGAUUAGUUUAAUUUAAUUUUCUACUACCACCUUAAUAAAUAAUGAUUUCGCUGUUUAUAUGAAAGCAUUCCUUCGAUCCAACAUUUAAUUUUCUUUUUCUUUUUUAUUUAUGAGAUAUAUAAUAUAAUCAAGUAAAUAUUUUUAUUUUGGUAACUUUUAUGAAAACAAGUACAUAUUUAAACGUUUGUACAAUAUGCAUAAGAAUAUUUUUCUAAUUGGAGUAAAUAUGCUGGCAGAAAUAAGAGUAAUUUAUUUUUAGAAAAGCGUAACUAAUAUUUUCUACCCCCAUUUACUAGAUAGUAGAUUUUGAAAAUGUUAAAACCGGUGCAAAUUAUAAAAUAAAAUGCAAUAAUGAGUACUUUAGAUUAUGUGUGCUUCACAAUAAUUGUUGUAAUUACAAUGUAAUACUAAUAGAGAAAAUGUUAGACUGCAUUUUUAUUAAAUUGAAUUUAAAGUUAUUCCAUUAAUUCUAUUUUAUUUUACUUAUGUUAAACGCCCAACAGGAUUUAAGAAAAAACUAGGUUGACUUAGGCCUAGACAAAAGUAUUUUAGGAUAAGAUCCUGUUCGGCUGGUAACAUUUCGGGAAAAACCUUUUGGGCUAGGACAAAUUGGUUCGUCCACCCUCUCUACGGAGAAAAUAGUUUUUCCUAGGCCAAAGCAGGUUACCUUGAUUUGAAAUUUAAAAAUGCAUUUGGCUUAGGUCCAGGCAAAAGUAUUGUAAGUUGUAUGGCUGCUGAAAUUUCAAGAAAAAUGUUUUAAAUUCGACCAAACUGGUUCAUCCACUCGCUCUACGGAUAAACUAGUUUUGCCUAAGCUAAAACGCCAUACCCUGAUUUGGAAUUUAAUAAUUUGUUCGACCUAGGCCUAGGCAAAAGUAUUUUAGGCUGAAAUUCUGUUUGGCUAGUAAAAUUUCAGAAAAACCGUGUUGGAUUAGGUCAAACUGUUUUAUCCACUCGCACUUUGAAUUAAGUAGUUUUGUCUAUGCGAAACCAAGUUACCCUGAUUUUAAAUUUAAGAAUAAAGUUGACCUAGGCCUAGGGAAAAUUAUUUUGGACUGAAAUCUUGUUUGGCACGUAAAACUAUUUGGACUAGAACAAACUAGUCCAUCUGCCUGUUCUACAUAUAAACUAGUUUUACCCAAUUUAAAAAUUCGUUUGGCUUAGGCCUAGGCAAAAGUAUUUUAAGUUGUCUGGCUGAUGAAAUUUCUAAAAAACUGCUUUGGAUUAGACCAUACUGUUUCAUCUACUCACAUUUCGGACAAACUAGUUUUGCCUAGGUAAAAUCAGGUUACCUGAUUUGAAAUUUAAGAACUAGUUUUACCUAGGCUUAGGCAAAGGUAGUGUAGCAUGUUUUUUAAUAUUCACGACAGUGCAUAUCAUUUGAAAAAGUAUUUUUAAUCCUUAUUGAUGUUAACACCUCGAAAUUUUUUUGUAAACAUUUUAAUAGUAUGAAGUGUAUAAAACCGUUUAUAGCAUAUAUUUUAUGGAAUGUUCUUAGAAAAAAAAAUUGUUAUUAAUUAAUACUUUUAUCUCAUAUUAAUCAAUCCGAAGGGGCUUACUAAUUUAUUUAUUGUUCCAGCAGUGAGGCUAACUGUGAUUAUUUAGUUUUUAUUAAAUUUUAUUCUAAGUUUGU